AUGUCACUUCAUCCCAGAGAAUGCACACUGAUCAAAGAAGAGGGUGAAAACUAUGGAUUCUGCCUACGCAUUGAGAGAUUCAAAACAGGGCAUCUAAUUCGAAAUGUAGAAAAGGAUAGUCCAGCCGAGAAGGCAGGACUAAAAGAUGGAGAUAGAAUCCUGAAGAUUAAUGGAGUGUUUAUAGAUAAGGAAGAUCAUGGAAAGGUGGCUGAUUUAAUUAGAAAAAGUGCAAUUCCUAUAUUAUUCCUUGUUUUGGAUGACCAUUCUUAUGAAAGUGCAUUAAAAGAAGGAAUCAGUCUUGAAGAGUUGGCUAAAAAGUCACCAAACCAAGAACAGACAGAAGAACCCCAACUUGUGCAACCUGGAGAAUCAGGUUCAGCUCCACAACCCCGUCUCUGUUAUCUGACUAAGGAAAAAAAUAGCUAUGGUUUCUCUUUGAAGUCUUCUGCAGGACAGAAAAGUUUAUUCAUUGUAGAUUUGACUCCACUGGGUGCAGCUGUAAAAGCUGGAGUGCAGCCAAAUGAUCGCCUUAUAGAAAUCAACGGGGAGAAUGUGGAAAACAAUACACAUGAAGAAGUAGUUGAGAAGAUUAAGAAGUCUGGGAAUCGGGUUGUGUUUCUACUGUCAGAUGAAGAAACUGACCAGUAUUACUACAGACAGAAUAUGCAGCUGAUAAGGGGAAAGGCCAAUCUGAAAUUAUUACCACACAAGCCCCGAAAUCUUGAGCUCAAGAAAGGGAAUAAUGGUUAUGGAUUUUACCUGAGAAUGGAGGAAAAUGGCAAAGGUCACUUGAUUAAGGACAUCGAUUCAGACAGCCCUGCAGCUAAAGCAGGUCUCAGGGACAAUGAUAUCUUGGUUGCCGUAAAUGGAGAGCCAAUUGAAGCACUGGACCAUGAAGCUGUGGUAGAGAAAAUCAGACAAUCUGGUGAAAAAACAACCUUACUAGUGGUGGAUGAAGAGACUGAUACCAUGUAUAAAAUGGCUAAAAUAUCUCCUUGUCUCUACUACCAUACAAGACUCGAGCCACAUCUGAGCACUACAGAGAAAGUCAUGCAUGCUGAGGAAGAAAAUCACAAGCCAAGACUCUGUAAACUCAUAAAAAGUACCACCGGAUUCGGCUUUCGAUUGAAUGCCAUUGACAAUAUACCUGGAGUGUUCAUCAAAGAGGUAAAGGAGGAUGGGCCUGCCAACAUAGCUGGGCUACAAGAUGAUGACAUUGUGAUAGAAGUGAAUGGUACCAAUGUAGAGAAUGAAGAGUAUGAAGAUGUAGUAGCAAGAAUCCAAGACAGUGGUAACAGCCUGACACUAUUGGUGUGCGAAGAAAAGGCUUAUCAGCACUUCUGCUCCCAGAAUAAGGCUGUAACAGCCUCAAUGGCUGACCCAUUAAAUGACGACCCUGGUGAGCCUCCUGCUUAUGCAGAGAUACAAGCAACAGAGCCAAAAAAUACACUGGCAGAACCACGAGAAAGGGUGAGUUUCCUCGAAUUAACUUCAGAAAAAUCUCACAAGAAUCUGUGGCAUCUGGUUAUCAAACCAAUAUGAUACGCUGCAAAUGAUUGAAUGAUCUACGCUAAAGAAUUGGCUUAGAGCUAGGCUGAACCUUUGCUCAAGCUGUGCUUAAAUCACAGAACAGAUAAACAUUUGUAAUUAACCAGUUAGAUGAGUUGGUUUUUAAAUGAUUUUUAUUGCAAAAUUUUAAGCAUUCAUAAUCAGACCAUCAAUUCAUCUCACAGCUCAAUCUAUAAAUCUAUAAAGUUUAUGAUAUACUGUAAUUGAUUCCUCUUAAUGGUGAUAUAAAUCUAUUUGCAGUCUUUCUAAAAGUUAUUGCUUUCUUUCAUUAGGCCAGCUCAUCCUCCUCUGAAGAUGACACUGCAAUGUGAAGAUAGCAGAGUCCCAAGUCCUUUUCCAUAUUGAACCUGAAAGGGGCUGCUAUUCUGAAUU